AUGUCAUUAACUAGACUUGAUUGUGGAUAUCAAAACUAUGACUGGGGAAAAAUCGGAUCCUCAUCAGCAGUUGCCCAAUUUGCUGCCAAAUCCAAUGAAGAAACUUCCAUUGAUGAAUCAAAACCUUAUGCUGAAUUAUGGAUGGGUACUCACCCUUCAGUUCCAUCAAUCGUUGUUGAAAAUGGUAAAACUUUAAGAGAUUUAGUCGCUUCAGAUCCAACCAAAUACUUACACAAAGACAUUAUUGAAAAAUUCGGUUCUGACAAAGAAUUACCUUUCUUAUUUAAAGUUUUAUCAAUUGAAAAAGUUUUAUCAAUCCAAGCUCACCCUGAUAAGGCUUUAGGAGCACAAUUACAUGCUGCUGAUCCAAAAAAUUAUCCUGAUGCUAACCAUAAACCUGAAAUGGCUAUUGCUGUCACUUCAUUCGAAGGGUUCUGUGGUUUCAAACCUUUAUUGGAAUUACAAAAAACUUUACAAUCAGUUCCUGAAUUAAAUGAAAUCAUCGGUACUGAAUUAGUUGAAGAAUUCUCUAAAGGUAUUAAGCCAGAAGCCGAAUUAGGUUCUGAAGAUGAUAAAGCUAAUAGAAAAUUAUUACAAAAGAUCUUUGGUAAAUUAAUGAAUACUGAUGAAUCAAUCAUUGGCGAAAAGGCUGCAUCAUUAGUUAAAAGAACUGAAACUGAUCCAUCAUUAUUUGAUAACAUUGCUCCAAAAUUAGCUGAAUUGAUCCAACGUCUUAAUAAACAAUUCCCUAAUGAUAUUGGAUUAUUCUGUGGAUGUUUAUUGUUAAACCAUUGUAUUUUACAACCAGGUGAAGCUAUGUUCUUACAAGCUAAAGAUCCUCAUGCUUAUAUUAGUGGAGAUAUUAUUGAAUGUAUGGCUGCUUCAGAUAAUGUUGUUAGAGCUGGAUUCACACCUAAAUUCAAAGAUGUUAAGAAUUUAGUUGAAAUGUUAACUUAUUCUUAUGAUUCAGUUGAAAAACAAAAGAUGCCUUUAUUAUCACAUCCAAAAACUUCUGGUGAAGCUAAAUCUGUUUUAUACGAUCCACCAAUCGCGGAAUUCGCCGUCUUACAAACCAUUUUCGAUGGUCCUUCCAAAGUUCAAUCUUUUGAUAAAUUCGAUGGUCCAUCAAUUAUAAUAACCACUAAUGGUUCAGGUUCUAUUAGAAUCAAAGGUGGUGAAGAUAAACCUGUUGAAACCGGUUAUGUUUAUUUCAUCGGUCCUGACACUGAAGUGGAAUUGAUCUCUAAAUCUAGUGACUUUACUUCUUAUAGAGCUUUUGUUGAAGCUUAA